AUGAAUGAGAAGGGAAGCCCAAAUCCUGCUACAGUUCAUCUUCAACCUGCAACAGUUCAUGUUCAUGAACCUGCUACAGUUCAUGUUCAACCUAUCAACCAAACAACCCAGAACCCUCAGCCGAUGCUCCCUGACCUCAAUAUGCUGCCUGACCCUCUAAGCGACGAGGAGAAUCAGGGAAUUCUGAAGGAGGAAGGUCCUUCUACUGUGGCUGCUACUGUUGAGGUUGUGGAUACCUCCGGCAAGGACAAGGUAAGAAAGAGGAAGAGUUUAUUCGACCGUGUCAUCUAUCCUCAAGAAGAAGAAGAAGUCGGGAGAAGAAGAUCCUGCUGCUGCUGA